AUGUCGACGGCCGUAAAGAGGGCCUGCGACGCCUGCCACCGCCGCAAAGUCAAGUGCGAUGGCAUCAACCCGUGCCGCAACUGUUCGUCGGCACAGCUAACCUGCACAUACAAUGCGAUCCCGCAGAAGAAGGGCCCCAAGGGAUCGAGAGCCAAGGUCAUCAGCGAACUUCGCGAGACACAACGGGCUACCAGCCUGUCUGCAAAGGUCCAGAGCCGUCUCAAUGGCAUCAACAGUCCGCCAUGCGCUCCCACGCUGGCGCCAAACGCCGGCCUUCUCGCCCCGGAACUGGUCAAGGAGACGAUCGAUUUCUUCUUCGCAAACAUGUACCCGAUGAUGCCCAUCCUGAACCGUCAGCGACUUGAGCAGCAAGCAUUGUAUAUGGAUCAGAGCCUCGACACCUACUGCCUCGUCAGCGCCAUGUCGGCCUUCAUGCUUCUGCAGCCUGGCUUCGUCAUGCCCGGCGGCGAUCCCCUCUUUGAACAUCCUGGCGCCGGCAUCACAUCGUGCCACCUACUGAUGGAGGAGGCAAUUCGAGUUCGCAAGGGCUAUGAAUACACAGAAUCGCCGACCUUGAACGGCCUGUGCACCAGCUACUUCUUGUUCGGCUGCUACUAUGCUCUGGAGAUGCACGACAAGGCAUGGUAUCACCUGCGCGAGGCCACAACCCUGGCGCACAUGAUUGGCAUGACCCAGGAGGACAAGUACUUACAGUUUGACACAAUUGAGAGUUCCAGAAGACGUCGCCUCUACUGGCAGCUCUUUGUAACAGAGCGCGAAUGCACCCCGGCUUACCUCGGCGCUCUUCAGAAGCAACUCUCCGAGACCCACUUACCGUACGGCGCAGACUCCGACCUUCGCGCAAACCAAUCGUGGUUGAAGACGGUUACUUGGAACCUCAGCAUGCAGAACGGAAUGUCGCCCGGCAGCGAUGACAUGUAUCAGUACCCUAUCGACAUGUCGCGUGACCUGGCUUCCCUUACAUCGCAUUUCUCGACUCAGAGCACAGAGUUCUUGGGAGUGCCACUUGUAGCGAAGCUGUUGGACAUUUCCAGCAACCUGGCCGACGUUCUGUCGAUGCAGCCCUCGUCGGGUGACCCGUUCAGCAUCACACCUCAGCAGCAACUGCAGUCGCUCCUGCAAGUAGUUUCAGUCCUUCGAAGUGGCGAGCACCACUUCUUGCCUCUGCUUCUUAGCAAGGUGCACGAUGCUCUGCCGCGUCUGGCCAACCCACUCCUCCAGCGUGUCCCAGACAACAUUUGCAAUAUCGACAUCUUCGAUGGCUUCGGCAACGCAGGCAUGGCACAGCCGCCGGUUAUGACGGAUUUCAAGACAGAACAGCACUUCAAGCCCGAGCCCUACACGCCCGCCCCGGUGCCUCGAGUCGAUGAGAUCGCCAACGACUCUGGUAGCUCCAAUGGGGCGCCAACGGCCACCGAUAUGAACUCGCCCUUCGCCAUGGCCAGCUCCCCUGCUGUCAUGUCGCCUGCUGGCGUCGAAUACCCCCACAUGGCCGAAUAUAACUCGAUACCUGACAUUAUGGGUUCGAUGGGGCAAAGCCAGGCUUCAAGUCUUGGCCAGGCUGGUCAUCUGAAUCAGCAAUCGAUGCAGCACCAACAACAGCAGCAUACCGGCUAUCAGCAAGGCUUGCAACAAAGCCACACUAUGCACAACCAAAUACAAAACUCAAUGCACAGCCAAGUAAAUCAGGCAAUAGGUCAACAGCAGGGGCUGACAGGACUGAAUCAACAACAACCCGCGGCCGGUCACACCCAAGGGUAUAACCACGUCAACCACGGUAUGGCUCAAAAUUUGAUGAACAACAUCUUACACCGUCAACCGCCACAGCGUUCAAACAGCUUCAUUCUACAACAGCCUCAGCAACAGCAAACUCCGCAGAUUCCUCGGACUGUCGGAGACUUUCAUGCACUCCAGCGUGCAAACUCAGACAACGUUGGCAUGAGCACGCUAGGCAUGAAUUCAAUGGGAUCAGAGAUGGACUUCAGCACAAUGAGGUAG